AUGUUCGAACAACAUCAACAACAACAACCCUCCCAGGCAACCGGAAAAAACACACCUCCAUCAUCCUCCUCAGACCAUCCGUCCUCAUCAGCACACCUCCUCCUCCUCCUCCGCGAGCAGCGCCUCUCCACAUGCCUCAACCUCCUCCGCCACGCCCAACGAACCCUCCACCAGCGCCACGCCGAAGCAACCGCACACCUCGGCCGCACAUCCAGCCUCGUCGCCCAAUCCGCCUGGGACCUCUUCUCCCAGAGCCCCCUCGACUUUCUGUGCCACGAGAUGGACAUUCUCACCGACGACGACGACGUGUACGCCGUCACCAACGCCAUCCUGUCCGACAAGUCGCCCGUGGGCAUCGGCAGCAGCAGCAGCAGCAGCAGCAGCGACGCCUGGAUGGAGAAACUCAAUCAGCUGCGCGAUCUGAUGGACGACGAGGAGGAGAGCAAGCAGAGAGUGAGCAGAAUCACGCGGCAGAGGGAGGUUGCGAAUGGCAUGAUGCGCGUGGGCGCGGCGGAGCUGGGCGCUGUGCUGGCGAGGAGCGAUGCGCUUCUGGUGAGGGGGGAGAAUUAUCGGUAUCGGUAUCGGUAUCAGAGGGGGUUACGCGUUCAUCACGCGCCGACCACGAUGCCUGCGCCGGUGGCUUCUUCUUCUCCUUCUUCUUCGUCUUCUCGGAACGUCGUCAACGUUGACGGGAGCGCAAACGAGUCAAACUCCAAGGUAGCGGCUCCUGUGCCGAAGAAGAGCAGCUUCUUCGAUUGGCCGGUGCCAGCUACUACUGCUGCUGCUGCUUCGUCCAAGGGAAAGCAAGCUGCCGUUGAAUCGGAGGAUGGAGAAAGCAGUGGGACGUCUAGCGGACUGGACUCUCCGAGGGGAUGCCAGGGAGAGUGCUGUCGCCAUUGA